AUGUUAUUUGGAGUGAAGUUGGCUAAUGAGGUUUAUCCUCCAUGGAAACAAUGGUAUAUUGAUUAUGAUAAGUUGAAAAAGCUGUUGAAGGAAUCAGUUUUGAGAGAGGCAGAGUUUAAUGUUCGAUACGGUAAACAAAAGGGAGAUGAUUGGAGUUGGAGUGAUCGGGAUGAGUCGGAUUUUGUAGCAGCGUUGGAUGAGGAGUUGGAGAAAGUUUAUGGAUUUCAAAGCCGCAAGUAUAAUGAGUUGAUGGAGAGGUUAGAUGAGCUUGAGGAGCGGGUUGCUAGUGAUGAGACGCUGCGGGCGCUUGAUUUUGGGCAGUUUCGGAAUGAAUUGGAGGAGGUUUUGAGUGAGACGCAAGAGCUAGAGAAUUUUUCGAGGUUGAAUUUCACAGGGUUUAUUAAAAUAGUGAAGAAACAUGAUCGGCUGCAUGGGGAAUAUCCCUCGGUGAAGUCACUGCUGCAAGUGAGAUUAAAGAAAUUGCCCUUCCAUUCGGAGGAAUAUUCUCCAUUGCUAUACAGGAUCUCUUUGUUGUAUGAUAUAUUGCGAAACAACUCAACUGUUUUGUCCAAGUCUUUGGUAAAUUCAUCAAAGCUUUCUAGUGUGACUAAUGAGGAAGAGAUGAGCUUCCAGUCGUUCAAGUUUUGGAUUCAUCCAGACAAUUUCAUGGAGGUGAAGACUAGGAUCUUAAGGCACUUGCCCAUGUUAGUAUAUGCUUCUAUGCCUAGUGGGGAUGAUGAUUUUGAUAAGUACAAUAAAUUGGAUCCUCUGAGUUUGGCUCGUGAUGUUUCAUCGACAACAGCCUCGAACUCUGCUACUGAAGCUGAAUAUCAACGGUCCUAUCUCCCUGUAAUAACCACUUUGUACUUUGACAACGAAAACUUUGAUUUGUAUAACAACAAGUUGCUGAAAGUGAGUUUUUCUCCAACGGUGAGGUUGCGGUGGAUUGGCAAACUGGUAAAUAAGCCCGAUAUAUUCCUAGAACAAAGGAUGUUUGUGGAAGACAAGCAUACUGGUACUACUGACUUUGAAGAAGUCAGGCUGAAGCUUAAGCAAAAAUUUAUCAGUGGAUUGAUUUUCACAGGUCAUUCGGAGUUCAAGGAGAGGACCUUGGCGGCUUUAAAAGAGCGAGGUUCGAUGCCUUAUGAGUUGACGAAGUUUGGUGACGAUUGUGAUUCCUUUCAAAAGUUUAUUAUUGAAAACGAACUACAACCUGUUCUCCGAACCAUGUACACAAGAACCGCGUUCCAAAUUCCAGGCGACGAUAGGAUUCGAAUAACCAUUGAUUCUGACAUAUUCUAUAUUAAGGAAGAUUCCUUUGAUAAGGAGCAUCCUAUCAGGGAUCCAAAGAGUUGGCACAGGCCGGAACUGGACGCAGAUGUGCCAAACCCGCUAGCCUGCUUGAAACCUGGUGAAUCUGCAAAAUUUCCUUACUGUGUAAUGGAGAUUAAAGUUAAAAACCCCAUUAGAACAGUCCCUGAUGAUCCUGGGAUCAUGUUAAACAGUGUAUCCUUUCCCACAAAGCAUAGCAAGUGGAUUGAAGAGCUGACCAAUUCCCACUUGGUUAAGGAAGUGCCUAGGUUCUCCAAGUAUAUUCAAGGUGUCGCCUCGUUGUUCGGGGAAGAUGACAAAUUUGAAAUGUUACCAUUCUGGCUACCUGAUUUGGAGUCCGACAUCCGUAUGAAUCCUGGACAAGCGUACGAGCAAGAGAAGAGAAGAUUGAAACAGCAAAGCGAGGUUCAGGCUAGGGCUGAUAAAAUGCGGAGAUUCUCUGUCUUGUCGCAACUAAACGGGAGUUCUACGUUUAGGGCUCGAGAUUUGCAAAGUACGAAUCAGUUAGAGGCUCGUCCUGGAAAGUCUACUGACGUUUCCAGAGAACCUGAUUUGGAAGAUAAUGAGUCGUCAGAUGAUGACUUACCCAAAAAUUUUAGGCAUACGCGGAAACCUAAAAUCAAAAAGGAUCCUAAUUUCUUCAGAAUAUUAACUGGGCGAGAAGCGAAACUCUCUGGGGUGGACUCUGAAGACGAAGAAAUUGAGCUCCCAGCUGGUGUGAAAAGGCCCACAAGUUACAUCAAAAAUGCUGGACCAUUGAAAAUAGAAGCAAAAGUCUGGUUAGCAAAUGAACGUACUUUCAAUAAGUGGUUAUCCAUCACCACUACCCUAAGUAUUUUCACAUUUGCCAUUAUCAACUCCUCUCAACGCGCUUUGUUACCAAACUUGGCUAACACUCUAGCUUACCUGUAUUUCGGAUUGACUUUAUUCACAGGUAUCUGGGCAUACAUGACAUAUUCCAGAAGAAUAAGUAUUAUCAAACAAAGGUCCGGCCAACAUUUAGACGCCCCACUAGGUCUUCUGAUUUUGUCGCUGAGUAUAGCAGUCAUACUAUGUCUAAACUUUGUCCUCGCUUUUAAAGAGGUCGCACUUCUCAAACAUUCAAAAUCGCCUGAUGGUUCCCUGUCCACAUCCCGCGUGGACUAUCUACCACCUACCCUCGAACCCAUAGAACGAUUCAUUUUCAAAUUGGUCGGUGUUCAAUAA